AUGGAUGGUCCCCCACCGCCUAGAGAUGCGAGCCUUCGCAAUAUUAUAGACAAAUUGGCAGAGUUCGUUGCCAGAAAUGGACCGGAAUUUGAAAUGAUCACCAAACAAAAACAACAAAAUAAUCCAAAAUUUGAAUUUUUAUACGGAGGAGAGUAUGCGGCGUAUUAUCAAUAUCGUGUUCAAGCCGAGCAAGUUUACUUAAAACAACAGGGACAAGGUCAACAAGGUGUUGGUCCAAUGAUGCAUCCACAGCAACAAAUGCAACAAUACCAAAAUCAACAGCAGCAAUCGGCACAUUUUACCCAAGGACCACCGCCAAAUAUGUUACAUCACCAAGGCGGUGGACAAAUGAUGGAUGGAAACAAUUUCGCCAUGAAUCAACCACCUCCUAGUCAUCAACUUUGGAAUAGCGCACCGCCAUCAUCAGGGCCAAUGAAUGUUGGAAUGCCGCCGCAACAGCAUCCCCAACAACAACAACAGCAGCAGCAACAACAAUCCGCACAGCAACACCAACGACAACAAUCACAGCCACCCAAUACCGGAAAUAUUGGUGGAAACCAACAGUCUUUGGCUAUGACCAUAACGGCACAAAUAGAGGCGAUCAACAUGCAGCAAAAUACGCUGCGAGAACAAAUACGACAAUCGGAAGCAAAUUUAACUGCGCAACAUACGGCACUGGUGACACAACAAAAGAAACAAAUUGAAGAAGCGAUAGAGGAAGCACAAAAUAAACAAUUGGAAAAACAAGCCGAGGAACAAAAUAUCUCCCUUAAAGAAUUUGAUGGCAUAUUGCAGCCGAUAAUUGAUGCCUGCACCAAGGAUAGUAUUUCUCAAGGCAAAAACUGGAUAUUACAGCAUUCAUCCGACAGCGCUAAAAACAAUGUCGUUUUACAAUAUCUUUUAAAGAAGGCUUUGGCAGAUGGUUCAACAUUUCAGCAAAAAUUGCAUCUUAUAUAUUUAAUUAAUGAUAUACUGCACCAUUGUGUUCGGAAAAAUGCCAAUGAUUUGAAGAAUAGCUUAGAGAAUGUGGUUAUUCCAAUGUUCUGUAGUGCCGAUUUAAUUGCCAAUACCGAUCAGCGGGCUAAACUAACAAAACUCUUAUCUUUGUGGGAAUCGAAAGCGAAAUUUUUCGAUGCAUGCGUUAUAUCGAAACUACAAUCACCGGAUUCCUCAAUGCAAGAGUAUAAAACAAAUUUGCAAAAUUUACAUCAUGAAACGACAAGCAAAUUUACUCAGGCUCUGAAAACGCAAAUGGAUAACUAUAAAAAACAACAUCAAAUGUUUAUACAACAUGCUGCACAACAGAUAACACAAUUGGAACAACAAAAACAACAAAUGGAACAGCAAAUGUUGGCAAGUGUUAUGCCAAAUUCGGGAAUAAUGCCGUUAGGAAAUCAGCAGCAGCAGCAAACACAAGCCAAAACUAUGCCCACGUUAAUGGGCCAAAAAAUGGCAAUGCCCCCUAUGAAUGACACGGAUCCGUUUGGCAAUUCAGCGGCACAUACAAAUACCAACAAUGCUCAAUGUUUUCCAAAUGCCCCAGCAGCUGCAGCAAACAAUUUCUUUAUACCGGAUUUAUCAAAGCCACCACCGGGCUUUGUUAAUCCUGCUGCCACCGCUGGGUCAGGUGUGGUGGUGGCCAGCAAUCAACAAAUUCCACCCCUAAUGCAACAAACUCCUUACGCUCAAAUGAAUAGCAACAUUCCGCAAAAUCAAGCCAUGAUCAAUGCUCCACCUAAUUCCCUUAAUCCUGGAGAAAUCCUGAAUAAUGUCUCCAAUUUAAAUGUGGAUCUUCGGAAUGUUGCUGCCGCCCUGCAAAUGGUACAACAACAACAACAGCCAACAAAUGCUUAUGAUAAUCAAACAAUAACACCACAUGCCAUGGGCCCAGUUGAUGAUGGCCAACUAUCGUCGAAAGAACCUGAAGAGGAUCCCAAACCUUCGGCUGCAUAUUAUGAUUUACCAGCCGGCCUUAUGGUGCCGCUAAUACGUUUGGAGGACUACAAUUAUAAGCCCUUAGAUCCGGAGGAUAUUCGUUUGCCACCACCAGCUCCACAAACGGAAAGAUUGACAAAUGCUCUGGCAGCUUUCUAUUCAUUACCCACACACGAUAGGCCAAGAGAUAAUGAGGGCUGGGAGAAAUUGGGUCUCUACGAAUAUUACAAAGUCAAAAAUGCUGCACGUAAACAAAAGGAAGAAGAUAUUCGAAAUGGAGUUCGAGAAAAAUCACGUUCACCAAGUCCAAUUGUUUUGGAAAAACCAAAACCCAAAAAGACAAACAAACGGUGCUAUAGAUCCAAGAGUCGUAGCCGUUCUGCUUCGCCUCGUAAGUCGAGGACGCGUUCAAGAUCACGCUCUCGUUCGCCAGUACGUGCCACACCGAAUCGCAACGACAGAGGAGGAGGUGGAGGCGGACGUAAUAAUCGUUACAAUAGAAGAAGCCGUUCGCCUAGACGUUCCCCUCCACGAGACCGAGAAAGGGAACGUGACCGUGACAGAGAAAAUGAUCGCAACACAAGACGUGAAAGAGAACGCUCAGUUACACCUCCAAGCUUUUUAGGAAGUACUUUUGCAAAACCAAAUGAUUUCAUUGACGAAUCAAAUAAAGGGCAUCAAAUGUUAAUGAAAAUGGGUUGGUCCGGCGCUGGUACCGGUCUAGGUACAAAAAAUCAGGGUAUUGAUCAGCCCAUAUCCGGCGGUGAAGUAAGAGAUCGAAAAGAUUUAUACAAAGGUGUCGGUGUUAAUAUGAACGACCCAUAUGAAAACUUUCGCAAAAAUAAAGGCGCCGCAUUUGUUUUUCGUAUGCGUACACGUGAUGAGAAAAGCUAAAGACAUUUA